AUGCAUAUUCUUACUCUGACACCAACAUAUUUCCGGCCAGGAACUCUUCACAACGAUGAUGGCAUCACUUCUGAGCGCCCUUUUGACGACGGCGGAGAAGAGUGGAUUCUCAUAGACGGCACACCUGCUAGUUGUGCUCAAAUUGGUCUGCACUAUCUUUUCAAAGAUAGGGGACCCAUUGAUUUGGUCGUCAGUGGACCCAACUAUGGGAGAAACACGACUGCCGUGUUUGCUCUGUCGAGUGGUACUAUUGGUGGCGCAAUGGAAAGCGCCAUGAACGGCACGAGAAGUAUUGCUCUAUCUUAUGCUUUUGACUCGAGAAUACAUGACCCCGAGAUCAUCUCUGCUGCCUCAAAACUGAGCACUCAGCUGAUCGAGAAAUUGGUCAAAGAUUGGCCUGAAGAUGUGCACCUCUACAGUGUCAAUGUCCCACUGAGAAAAGGAGUCGAGAACACUAAAAUUCUCUACACUGAAAUGCUGCAGAAUAGGUGGAUAAAUGGGAGUUCAUUCAAAGAACUGCCUGAGGAGGCCGAUGACGUUAACCCAAACGUUGAAGAACAGGCCAUUCGUGACGGCGACAAUUCUACAAAUGGAACCGUCAGCAAACCACCACGGCGGGCACACCGGAAAUUCAAGUGGUCACCCACUUUUGCUGAUGUCCACGGAUUUGUUGCAGAUGCGAAAAGGGGUGAUGGUUGGGAGGUUUCACAGGGAAAUGUCACGGUCACACCACUCAUUGCAAACUUCUGGCAUUUGCCUCACUACACCGGCGAGAUUAAGCUAGAUGACGCUCAAUCAGACGGAAAACCUACCACUUCGGCCGAGAACCAACCACAAAAACUAAAUGCUGUGGUUGCAUACCCGGAUGCUUACGUACAACCACUACUCGUGCAAGCUCUUGAAGCUCUAGAGAGCUUAUCAAUCAACUUCAUAUCUUCUCUCAGUGAGCUCCCAAGUGCCACAGACUCUGUACUCCAAUUUUCCGCUUAUGAAUCAUUGGACUUCGAGCAUGCCCUGCAAUAUCCCAAGAGCUCACUUGUUUGUGCUUACGUCAUACGAAAGGCUUUGAUCCGUAAACACUACUUGUCAAACACGAUAUCCACGUGGCUCGUGAAGCACCAGGAUAGCACCUUGGCCAAGCAUUUCCAACCAUGUGUGCAUUUUGAGCUUGACUAUGCCGAGUUCCUGGAUGAUGCACUUGUAGAUGCUUGGGAUUUGAAAGAAAGUAUGGCCAAGAAUGACCUGGCUCAGUCUCCGAAGGAUAAGCAAUGGUGGAUUUUGAAGCCAGGGAUGAGUGAUGGCGGCAAUGGCAUCCGUCUAUUCUCGAGUAUUGCACAACUUCAAUCUAUCUUCGAGGAGUGGGAGGAACAAGAAGACUCAGACUCGCAGGAGGGAGAUGAAGACGGGAUUGAAAACGAGGACAGUCCUGCUCGGUCGCAAGGGCAAGACAAGGACAAACCUCACGAUGAAUUUGACGGUAACGCCAUGACAUCACAACUCCGACAUUUCAUUGCCCAACCAUACAUCGACCCACCACUGCUUCUCGACGCAUAUGGCCAAAGAAAAUUUCAUAUCCGAACUUAUGUGCUAGCUGUGGGUGCCCUCAAGGUCUAUGUAUACAGGGAAAUGCUAGCGCUGUUUGCAGCACUUCCCUACCAACCGCCAUCCAAAGCCGAGGACAUUGACCUAUUGGACCUCUCACAGCAUCUGACAAAUACAUGCUUCCAGGACGAGUCGACCAAGAGCUCGUCUGUUCAUGCAUUCUGGGGCCUCGAGUUCCCGGAAACCAUGCCGGAAACGAAAGAGAGAAUAUUCGAACAGAUCUGUGAGAUUACGGGUGAUGUGUUCGAAGCGGCUGCCAGAGAGCAAAUGGUACAUUUUCAAACAUUGCCCAAUGCAUUUGAAAUCUUUGGUGUCGACUUUCUAGUGGACACCGACGCUAACAUAUGGCUUCUGGAGCUAAAUGCGUACCCGGAUUUCAAGCAGACUGGGCGAGGCCUGCAGGACAAGAUUGUUGGAGGCUUGUUCAAGGAGGCUGUUGCCGCCGCAGUACUUCCCUUUCUUGGUAUCGAAGUCGACGAAAAGUCUAAUCUUCCGUUGGUCAGGCAGCUUGAUCUUGGGCGAGGGUAA